AUGUCGGAGUUUGAUUCCGGGCUGUACUUUCGAGUGGCUUUCUUCGCUUUUCUUAUUCCUCUGGGAUCCGGUGAGUUCUCUAUCAUUUGUAAUCUGGGCAUAUGAGUUAAUACCUCAACGAAAUCACAGAUUGUUUUUCGGCAGGGACUCCAUAGAUAUGACAUAAUUAAAUUCCAUUUCAUUGCCGUCAAUUGACAAACUGUCGAGUGCGACCGAAAAAUCCCAUGUGAAUUCAAACAUCUUCUUUAAAGCUGAAACAUCUGACAAGUUAUUUUAUCUUGAGAGAAUGAGUUUGGGAGAAUUGUAGUUGCGAUUUUCAAAUCUAUCUGGCAUAGUAUGAUUUACUUCCUGGUAAGGGGUAAGAGCGUCUCACCGACUGACCUCGUCGCUCGUUUUUUUCUUAGUUACGUAAGAGCAUGAUCUUCUCUACUUGGCUUCACGAUGUUUAUGAAGCGGUAGCUUGAGAGAGAUCUGAACUUUUUUCGGAACAGAACUAGCUCGCUUCGUUAUCGAUUAAAAUAUGACGGUUUCCUAAUUACACAGUCAUCAUUCUUAGAGAGGCAUAUUUGAAAGCUAUGAUCACAUGAGAAGUAGUUUUAGAAUUUGGACGAUUUCGACUGCCUUCCUAUACUUUUACUUAAAACAGUUUCUGCACCAUAUCGAGCUUUGCUUGAAUUUACAAGCUGUCCGAUUUCUUGAACACAAAGUUGUGUCAUUAUGCAAAUCUGGCGCCUAUUUUAAGUUUCCAUUUUAGUGUGCAAACUAGUUCGAUACAUUUACUGCCAUUUAGCUUCUGCUGAAGGUAUUGGAUAAAUAGACGAUUAUUCAAUAAACCAGCGUGAGCCCAAUCAAAUCAAACCAAUCAACUUCAAGAACAAAGUAAACUGAAAGUUCAAUUAUGUUAAUAAGUGACUUGGCAUAUCACUGUCGACUAUUGUUUUAACAAAUGAGCAGGCAAACACGGCCAAAGUGGACAACUGUCUGACCAAGCGUUGGAAUGAAGUCGUAUUCAUCACUUUACUCAAACAAUACGCCAUAAGCAAAUAGAAAAUACAGUUCAAGUUAAACAAAGAAUGAACUCAGCUCGCCUCAGACGUAGGUGUUUAAGAGGCGAUCUCUGUAAGAGCGGUCCAAGAUAUUUCGCAUCGGGAAAAAGUUUUCCCUCAAACUUUGUCCAAUAAACUAUCUUUGGUAGCAAGUAAAUAAAACCACAUUAGUUUCUGGAAAUACUGCGUUAAAAUAAAAUUUUUAGAGCUCUCAAAAGUCAAAGCUGCUGAAGGCCCUUUUUUGACCUCUUGCGACAUCGAAAAUUUCAAAAGUUGAAUACCCUGGUCCUCGUAUCACACCGCAUGCAGCAAAAAAUCUCUUGUAUUUUUAAACUGUGUGAUAUGUUAGGUGAAUAAAAAGUAUUUCAAUUUUGAUAUUUGUUUAUUCAGGGGUUCGUCAUAAUUUAUUUAAAAACACUCGUUAGACAGCUUUCUGAAAUUGGUCUAAAGUACUCUUUCCUUCUUGGUUGAUAUUGCUCAAGUCCAGACCAGACCAUUGAAAACUCCGCUUGAUUUCUUCUAAUAUGAUGUUUGGCUGCUGAAAAAUAUAAAAACAUCUUGCACUUAUUAAUUUUGUUCGCCACGGUGACUUCAAACUUUCAGCGAUUUUGCUAGCGUGACAGCCGAUUAUGCAAAUUAGUUCAUUGAACAAACUCCGACCGUUUUAUAUAAGUAGCUCAAUAAAUCUUAGAUUUUAACCAUUUUAAGUUGAAAAGAUAGUAGGACAGAGCUUUUAGACUACACCGAUUGGUACUCUAAACAUUUCAAAAGGCCAGAAUUUGACAAAUUUUACCCUCUCGUGACGAAAGACGUCAACAACAAUCAUCGAAUAUCAUAAUUUGAUUAGCGCUCGCUUAACAUUUUAAUGGCAAACUCUUUCUUAAAAAUUUGGCUUCUGCUACUUCAUGAAAAGUAUCUCUAUAGAUGUUCUGAAGGCAUAACGAGAAUUUGCGAUGUAAAGUGAAAUUUUGAAAUGUGUUCAAUUGCAAAUGGUCUGAAAGUGUUCUAGUGUCAGUAAAUAAUUGGACACACUCCAUCAAUCGUUGGUCCAAUUGAUGAUGUCAUCGUUAAAUUUAUCAUGUUAAAUCUGCUCUAUGGAGUUUUAUUAACGACCGGUUAAACGACAGAGUGUUACUAGAACAAUUCCUGAGACCAGAUGGUAGUCGUAACACUAAGGGUCUGUUUACAUGAAAUUGGGUGAUCUCAGGUAAUUAAGGUAACCCACCUAGCCAUGGUCAAAAAUUAAUCCGCUUUUACACACAAUCCUACGGCCCCGGAAUCCCUGGGUGAGGUCGCAAUGCCACUAUUAUAAACUGGGAUCAUUUACACUCCUUUCACGGUUCACGAUGAGCAAAUGAAAACAGGAUUUAGCCCAUGGAAUUUGGGAAUAAAUGACUACAAACUGCACUCGCACUACGGAGUUUACCUUUGUUAGCCUUUGAAAAAUAUCCUGGUAGUACGAUUACAAAUUACUCACAAAACCAUAUGGCUACCUAUUUAAUGAUCACGUGACUAACUUUGCACGCUGGGUUAUUUUCCCGCCAAAACCCAAGGUCGUGGCAUGGUUACUAAGCAUGCCAUAGUCGACAUGGAGGACAGUAAUCUCGCUUUUAGACCAAGUUACUACGUGUGUUCUAUAACUAAAACGAUCAUAAAACACCUAGGUAUCCAGGUAAAUAACUAGUUUAUUUUUCGGGCUGAACAUGUCCUGAAGAAAUAGUAUCGAUGAUAGAAAUGUCGUACGAUAUAGUUGUUGUUUUUGUGUCUGUGAAGCAAAUGACCUCAAUUUCUGGGGAUAUCAAGAUUUUCAUGUCCGUAUAAAGCACAAAUCAGAAGAGUCAGAACCUUGUUAGAAAUAUAUAUCUUAGCAGGAGCAAUGAAGCAAAUGAAUUUUCUUGCAAUCAAAAACUCAAAACGAAAUCUACCCACGACUAUUCAUUUAGCUUUACUUAGUUUGGUUUAAUGUUUAAUGUUAUAAUUUUCUGUUUUAUCUGUUAACUUUCUAAUAGGGGUAUGUAUCGAUUUGGAUCUUGGUUUGGAAAAUGAGAGAAUUUCAGAUGGUAACAUAACCGCUUCUUCGGUACAAAAUGCCAACACACCAGCCAAGAAUGGUAGACUGAAUUACACAUCAGAAUCAUCAUGGUGUGCAGGAACGAGUGACACUAACCCAUAUCUACAGAUUGAUCUACAGACUCUUCAUAUCAUCUGUGCUGUCUCUACUCAAGGAAAUUCUCAAGCAGAUCAGUGGGUGAAGACCUACACUCUACAAUUAUCCAUAAAUGGGACAACUUGGACAGACUACAAGGAAGCUGGACAAGUUAAGGUGCAAUGUUUUUCUGAGUAA